AUGGAUCCCACCAGUGACUACCAUUUCCUCAAUCAGAUUUUGUGGAGAAGAGUGAAACUCACAUUGGUUUGUGGCAUCUUUGAGGGAGUGCUCCAGCAUGUGGACCCUAACAAGAUUGUUGUCCUGAAGAAAGUGAAGAAUGUGGAGACUGAUCGAAGUGUCCCAGGAGUGAAGAUGUUUUUUGGACACGAGAUUGUGAAUGUGGAACUACUGGAUGAAGAAGAACAAGGUGCAGUAAGAGAAAAGGCAUCUUCUGUUAGUCUAAAUACAGAAAGAAACAGGAUGGAUACAAUAAAAGAUGAAGACCUAAAUGUAUAUAAGCCUGCUUCUCCUGCCUCUGAGGCACCAACCACUUCUCUGCUAAAUGACCUCAAGUACAGCCCAUCAGAGGAAGAGGAAGUGACAUACACAGUCAUUGAUCAGUUCCAGCAGAAAUUUGGUGCUGCAAUGCUCCACAUCAAGAAGCAAAGUGUCCUGAGUGUGGCAGCAGAAGGAGCUAAUGUGUGUCGUCAUGGGAGACUAUGUUGGCUUCAGGUGGCCACAAGUAGCCGAGUUUACUUAUUUGACAUUUUCCUUCUGGGAAGUCGUGUUUUCAGCAAUGGACUUCAGAUAGUAUUAGAAGACAAGAGAAUUUUGAAGGUUAUCCAUGAUUGUCGUUGGCUUUCUGAUUGCCUCUCUCAUCAGUAUGGAAUUUUGCUGAAUAAUGUCUUUGACACCCAGGUAGCAGAUGUCCUUCAAUUUUCCAUGGAAACAGGCGGCUUUCUUCCAAACUGCAUUAGUACUUUACAGGAGAGUUUAAUCAGACACCUUAAAAUAGCCCCUAAAUAUCUCUCCUUUCUGGAAGAGAGACAAAAACGGAUUCAAGAAAACCCAGAACUAUGGUUCACACGACCUCUUUCACCCUUUUUGCUAAAAAUUUUGGCCUUGGAAGCUACCUACCUGCUGCCCCUUCGCUUGGUACUCCUAGAUGAAAUGAUGUCUGAUCUAACUACCCUGGUGGACGGGUACCUAAACACCUACCGAGAAGGGUCUGCAGACUGGCUGGGAGGCAUGGAGCGUACAUGUAUGGAGCUUCCAGAGGAACUGCUUCGACUGAAGGACUUCCAGAGACAGCGCAGAGAGAGAGCUGCAAAAGAAUAUAGAGUAAAUGCGCAGGGACUCCUAAUAAGGACAGUACUACAUCCAAAGAAGCCUAUGACAGAGACAGCAGGGAAAAAGGGAAAAGUAAGAGGUUUCUUACUUUGUAAAAAUUCUAGGCUAGAUAAAGCUCCAAAUUUUACAUCUCACAAGGAUGUAAAUUUGCUAAAAGAAGAAUCUAAGAGUAAGCAAACCACAGCGGAAUCUCAGCAUCUACCUCCCAUAAAGGAAGAAGUCAGUGAAGAUUCCAGUAACAAACGAAUUUGCCCUGAGUCAGAGGGGUUUAAGGACCAGAGAAUAACUCUAAAAGAAUACCUCAAGAUACCUAAACAAGAGUUUCAGACAAAUUUAUCUUUGAAAGAGGAGAUAGAACAGUUACUGAUGGUGGAAAACAAGGAAGAUCUAAAAUGUACAAAACAAGAUGUUUUAGUGUCUCCUUCCCUUCCUCAGGAAACCAGAGUGUCUCCAAGUGACAUUUUUCAUCCUUUUAGAAAAGCUGUGCUUCCCACACUUCCUCCCUGCCCAGCUUUGGAGAAGACUGAUUCCUGGAUAAAUCCAGAUUCUCCCAAUCUGCCUUAGAGAUCUGCAGUUUGUUCUUGAGGCCAAUAAAGGUGGCUUAUUUCCUCUGCCAUCAAGGCCUUCCUCAGUGCUUAAGUUUCUUGUGCUGUAAAUUAGUCACAGGCUUUGGGGGAAAUUAUAUCCUCUUGCUUGCUCCUAUAUUCUUAGAAUUUGAUUAGGAUGGGAAUGAAUAAGUUAAAUAAUGGAAGAAGUAAAUGUUCUGAUUAUGUCACUGUGUAGAAAUGUUCCUUGUGGCCAAACUGAAUUACUUCUCAUAAUUUGGGUUUAAAGGAUUUGAAGAAGGGAAAAAUUUUGAACUUAGUGUCUGGAAGAAUCUAUACUUGAAAUUUUUUGUUGUUUUUUCUGGUUUGAAGGAUGUUGGUAAAACUCUUAGCCAUAAGUUUAAAA